GGAUGUGUAUUUUGUGUGUGCCAGUUUGCCAGUCAGUGAGUGGUGGAUAAUAUCCAUAUGCAUAUUUCAUCAGUGUAGCAUGUGAUCAGCAAUAGACAACUCUUGUGCGCUUAUAAAAUGAUAAUUCUAUUGAUUUUUUUGGGAUUUUGCAAUUCCUAUGGAAUUAAGAGCCCAUGUAUUGGCCUAUCCCUGUUUAUUUUUUUUGGUGCACUUCCAUUUCAUAAUUAAAGCAGUACACAAUUAUGUAUGAAUGUUUCAACAGAACUAGAAUUAGUAAACAGCUGUCUGCAAAAGAUAUUAGCUGCUUCAUUUUUGGCCUACCUUUUGGGCAAUGCCAUCUCCACAGAUCUGAGCCCAAUUUUUUGAAUAUACAUUCCAUCCUUAUUUUGGGACUGUUGUUCGCUGUGACUUUUUGGCAGUGUCGCUUCCAUAGGUCUGAAGGCAAAAUUUUAAUACAUGUAAGAUAUACAUCCUUUUUUUGUUCUUUGAACUGUUGUUCGUGCCACAGGUUACUUUUAAGUUCGCUUUGCCCACCCACAGUUUUGGUUCAUGGUGGACCUUGGAGUUGAGAAGCUACAAUUUUAUUGACGCUCAAGAUUUUAUAAAUGGCAUCUGCAGAACAUCUGAAAGAAUUUUGAAGUGUGUAUUUUGUUUCAGUUUCAUUCGCUCUUUCUUUAUCUUCAGUUCUUCAGUCUAUCUUAGAGGUAGAAGAUUGUUGUCUAAGUCUGUCAAUAUUGCUCAAUAUCCCAACUUAAUUCAACCAUUGUUUGUAUCUCUUUCCUGAACGCCAUGAAGCAAUUUAUUUUCCGGAGCUGCUUUAUUUAUUCCAUUACUUCUCUUCUGGAUUUGGCCGGAGUCCUUUGCUUCAAGCUCUUGCCCCUGAUGGAAAAAAGUUCAUGCUUUUCAUUUGCUUCAUUUAUAUGUUACCUUGUGAUUUUUGGUUUGACUCUUCUUGACCAUUCACAUUUGAUGUUUAGAUAAUUAUAAUCUCUACUCCUGUAACCUUUCCAGUCCUUGUGUAGUCAUUAUUUCCCCCUCUUUUUUUGUACGUAUAUUCAUAAUGUUCGUGCUUAGUUUCAGAAGUGAACACUAAGUUCUUCGUUCACUAGAUUUUAUUUAAUGUUUCAUGAACAUGGUCCGGUUUUCACCUUAGGUUCAGUUACAUGCACUGUUUUUCGAUCUAUGUCGCUCUAUGGGAUGCAUUUUUUUCCAGUUCUCCUUUUUGUUCUUGUGCAAUUUUUAUAUCUGGGAUCAUAACACUCACUCUUUUUCAUGUGUAAUCUGUGGUCAUCCAGAAAAUACCAAAGGAUGACCGGUGGGACUACGGUUUGGCGAGCAGAGCUUUACUAGGACUGAGUAUGACGAACAAGCAUGGAUGCAAGAAAUUUCCCCUGAAAAUAGGACUUGAGCGUUAAGCAUUUGAAUGGAGCACAUAUAGGCAUGCCCCGGUUCAUUUUAGAGUCACUUGGUUGUUUGAUGCGUUCGUGCUCGUCGGCGAGACGGUGCAAGGCGCAACUCCGAUGCGGUUCCUCGCUGGUUGGACGGCAUUCAGGCGCAACCCCGGCGCGCACUGAGUACUGCCUUGGCUAUAACCUCCCUCGAAAUUCAGUUCAUAUGAAAGAAAAGAAAGGCAUACAGUACCUGGCAUUGACAUUGGGAGCAUGGGCUACUGCUCGCACCUCUACCUACAGGUUACAGGUUCCUUCCUUUCCUGCGAAGGAAGAUUUUUGUUACUCAUUCAGAGUUCUAUCAUGCACAAUCAUGUAUGCACACCGGUCUAUCCAGAAGAUUAGGUCGGGGCCCUCUCUGCCUGGGCCGCCAGCUCCUCGGAGGGCCGCAUCCGGCCUGCCGCAAGUACACCUAAGUUGUCGCCUCCCCGGGGGCUGCAAUUGGAAGUGGAUGACCAAGGAGAAGGUGCACAGUGGGGGCCAGACGCUUAAGUGGGAGGCGGAACUCGCCUCCCCCAACGACGACGGCUUCGAUCUCAAGUGAAAGUGGGAGGCCAAGUCCAAGCCCGUCGCUGUCGGCAAGGCUAAAACCAAGUGGGGCACCGAGAAAGCCAGCAAGGAUGAGAAGAGGCCGGCGAGGAAGUGCGUCCAGAGCAAGGAGAUCCCCGCUGGCUGAGACGUCCAGAUCGAAGUACUUAGCAGAAAAGAUGAGAUUUUUGUGGGGGUUUGGCCCCGAUUUGAAUGAAAUGUAGGAUUUUCAGUAGUCCAGUAGCAUACUCCAGUACUUCUUUUAACUAUAUCUGAUUAUAGAUAUUUUAUAUAGUAUCAUAUACUGUUAAGAAACAAUUUUGCUUUUUGCUUGACAUUGAUGUGGUGGUGUUUUGUCAUAUUUUUAUACCAUGUCUUCAGGAUUUUCAGUUCUUUUGCCGUACAUAACAUGUCACAGCCCUUCAGGUUUUUGGGUUGUUCUUCUGCCAUUCCAUCUAUGUGUGUGUAUGUUCUUGAAAACCAUUAGGAUUUGCUUUUGGUAUAUCAUGUGACAUUUUCUAUGACA